CAUCGUGCCUAGCAUUCGUCGAUAAAUCGAAGGAAUGUAGUGCAGUGCGGCAUUUAGUGUUGUUGCGUUUUUAAAAUCGUAUGCAGAUGAUCAGAUACCAUUUUUUUACGUGAUUUAAUUGGUUUUCGGUGCUAUAAGUCUUUCUAUGGAAACGUACUAAACAUCUGAACAAGGAGAACAAACAAUAAAUAUUCAACAUUUAACACAAUAACGAACGAACAAACCGCCGAAAAUCCCUAAGAAUACAUCAAAACACUAUGGAUCAAUUAUAUCCGAAAGAGGUCCGUAUCUUGGAAACGGUCGAAGACAUCCAAGAGCGGCGUGAACAGGUCUUGAACCGUUACAAUGAGUUUAAAGUGGAGACACGCCAGAAGCGUGAACGACUUGAAGACUCUCGUCGGUUCCAAUAUUUCAAGAGAGAUGCCGAUGAAUUGGAGAGCUGGAUCCAUGAGAAACUACAGGCAGCUAGCGAAGAGAGCUAUCGCGAUCCGACCAAUUUGCAAGCUAAAAUUCAGAAACAUCAAGCAUUUGAAGCUGAGGUGUCGGCCCACAGCCAGGCCAUCGUCAGUCUGGACAAUUCGGGUCAGGAGAUGAUCAACCAACAUCAUUUCGAGUCGGAAACUAUUCAACGUCGAUUGGAUGAGCUUCACCGUCUCUGGGAAUUGUUACUGUCCCGAUUGGCCGAGAAGGGCUUGAAAUUGCAACAGGCCCUAGUGCUGGUGCAAUUUUUGCGUCAAUGUGAAGAGGUUAUGUUCUGGAUUAAGGACAAAGAAACUUUCGUCACUGCCGAUGAAUUCGGUCAUGAUUUGGAACAUGUCGAAGUAUUGCAAAGAAAAUUCGACGAAUUCCAGAAGGACAUGGCGUCACAGGAAUAUCGAGUGACUGAAGUCAAUCAGUCGGCUGAAAAAUUGUUGCAGGAAGGACAUCCGGAACGAGACACCAUCAACAAGAAGAAGGAUGAAUUGAACGAAGCCUGGCAGCGAUUGAAACAAUUGGCUAUUUUGAGACAAGAAAAGCUGUUCGGUGCUCAUGAGAUUCAGCGAUUCAACCGAGACUCUGACGAAACAGUUGCAUGGAUUGCCGAAAAAGACGUUGUAUUGUCUUCCGACGAUUACGGCAGAGACUUGGCUAGCGUUCAGGCCCUACAACGCAAACAUGAGGGCGUUGAACGUGAUCUAGCAGCGCUAGAAGACAAAGUCGCAACAUUAGGAGCCGAAGCAAAGAGAUUGUGCAGUAUCCAUGCUGAUCACAGUGAUCAAAUCAGAGAAAAGCAUUCGGAAAUUGCUGCUUAUUGGCAGUCACUUACAGCUAAGGCGAAAGAGCGAAAGGAGAAACUCGACGAAUCAUAUUUCUUGCAUCGUUUCCUCGCCGAUUUUAGAGAUUUGGUGUCCUGGAUCAAUGGCAUGAAAGCUAUUAUUUCAGCCGAUGAACUAGCAAAGGACGUGGCUGGAGCUGAGGCUUUGUUGGAACGUCACCAGGAACACAAAGGUGAAAUUGACGCCCGUGAAGACAGUUUCAAAUUGACCACUGAGGCUGGCCGUCAGCUAUUGGAGCGUGAACACUACGCCGCAGCUGAAGUUCAAGAAAAAUUGGCACUUUUAGAGAAUGACAAGAGUUCAUUGCUGUCGUUGUGGGAAGAUCGUCGCAUUCUAUACGAACAAUGCAUGGACUUGCAGCUAUUUUACCGUGACAGUUCACAGGCCGACACCUGGAUGGCAAAACAGGAGGCAUUUUUGGCCAACGAAGAUUUGGGUGAUUCGCUCGAUUCCGUUGAGGCAUUGAUUAAGAAACACGAAGACUUUGAAAAGAGUUUGGCUGCCCAAGAAGAGAAGAUCAAAGCAUUGGAUAUUUUCGCAACCAAACUAAUCGAUGGACAACAUUACGCUGCUGAUGAUGUGUCCCAAAGACGAUCGAUGUUGCUUGCUCGCCGUUCAGCAUUAUUGGAACGGUCUGCUGCUCGUCGUCAACUUCUGGAUGAUUCAAAUCGUUUCCAACAAUUCGAAAGAGAUUGUGACGAAACCAAGGGCUGGAUUAGCGAAAAAUUGAAAUUCGCUACCGACGACAGUUACUUGGAUCCAACCAACUUGAAUGGAAAAGUGCAGAAACAUCAGAACUUUGAACAAGAAAUCAACGCAAAUAAAUCUCGCAUUGAGGACAUAACAGCAACCGGCUCCGAAUUGAUUGAAAAGAGUCAUUAUGCUUCCGAUGAGAUCAAUUCGCGAAUGCAAGAAAUCGUAACGCUUUGGGAGUCAUUGGUACAAGCAUCCGACAAGAAGGGCUGCAAAUUGCAAGAAGCAUCGCAACAGCAACAAUUCAAUCGCACAAUUGAAGACAUUGAAUUGUGGUUGAGUGAAAUCGAAGGACAAUUGCUGUCCGAAGAUCAUGGUAAAGAUUUAACUAGCGUCCAGAACUUGCAGAAAAAACAUGCUUUGCUCGAGGCCGAUGUUAUGGCACAUCAAGAUCGCGUUGAGGGUGUCAAAGUAACAGCCAGCAACUUCAUUGAAGGAGGUCAUUUCGAUGCUGACAACAUUCGUAACAAGGAGAGCGCAUUGACAAAGCGUUACUCUGCUUUGGCUGCUCCCAUGACCGAAAGAAAACAACGUUUGGCCGAUUCAUCGCAAGUGCAGCAAUUGUUCCGUGACUUGGAAGACGAGGCCGCCUGGAUCCGUGAGAAAGACCCGAUUGCCGGCUCAACGAAUCGUGGACGCGAUUUGAUUGGUGUUCAAAAUUUGAUCAAAAAACACCAAGCCGUUUUGGCUGAGAUCAACAAUCACGAGAGUCGUUUACUCGCUGUUGUCAAUUCCGGAGAGCAAAUGCUUGAAGAUCAGCCGUACUCCAGCGAAGAUAUUCGUGCGCGUUUGGAUUUGUUGAAGGAUCAAUGGUCCAAUUUGAAAGAAAAAGCUUUGCAACGCAAACAAGAUUUGGAGGACUCAUUGCAAGCUCAUCAAUACUUUGCGGAUGCCAACGAAGCCGAAUCGUGGAUGCGAGAAAAGGAACCCAUCGUUUCGAGCACAGACUACGGCAAAGACGAAGACUCGUCCGAAGCAUUGCUUAAAAAGCACGAAGCUCUGGUAUCUGAUCUGGAAGCAUUUGGCAACACAAUUCAAGCCCUUCAAGAUCAAGCUAAAAACUGCCGUCAACAAGAGACACCAGUCGUUGACAUCACCGGCAAGGAAUGCGUUCAAGCUCUAUACGAUUAUACAGAAAAAUCACCUCGUGAAGUGUCGAUGAAGAAGAAUGACGUUCUCACUUUGUUGAAUUCAAACAACAAGGACUGGUGGAAAGUCGAAGUUAACGAUCGUCAAGGAUUCGUUCCAGCUGCGUACAUUAAGAAAAUCGAUGCAGGUCUAAGUGCUAGUCAACAGAACCUUGUCGACGGUCAUUCAAUCGGAAAACGUCAAUCGCAAAUUAACGGCCAAUACGACAAUUUGCUCGCUCUUGCUCGUGAACGGCAAAACAAGUUGAAUGAAACGACAAAAGCUUAUGUUUUAGUCCGUGAAGCUGCCGAUCUCUCUGCAUGGAUUAAGGACAAAGAGAACCACGCACAAAUUGCUGACGUUGGUGAAGAUUUAGAGGAAGUGGAAGUCUUACAAAAGAAAUUCGAUGAUUUCAAUGACGACUUGAAGGCUAAUGAAGUUCGUUUGGCGAAUAUGAACGAAAUUGCCGUCCAGUUAACAACUCUUGGACAAACUGAAGCAGCUUUGAAGAUCCAAACUCAAAUGCAAGAUUUGAAUGAGAAAUGGGCUUCAUUGCAACAAGUAACAGCCGAGCGUGGCAGCCAAUUGGGAUCCGCGCAUGAAGUUCAACGAUUCCAUCGUGACAUCGACGAAACUAAGGACUGGAUUGCUGAGAAGGAGGAAGCAUUGAACAAUGACGAUUUGGGCAAAGAUCUACGAGGCGUUCAAACUCUCCAGCGAAAACAUGAGGGUGUUGAACGUGAUCUAGCCGCUCUGCGUGACAAGAUCCGUCAAUUGGACGAAACUGCAAACCGUUUGAUGCAAAGCCAUCCCGAUACCGCUGAUCAAACGUACACCAAGCAAAAGGAAAUCAACGAAAUGUGGGAUCAAAUCAUUACCAAGUCGACUGCCCGACGAGAACGACUAUUGGAUUCGUAUGAUCUGCAAAGAUUCCUCAGUGACUACCGUGACUUGCUCGCUUGGAUCAAUUCGAUGAUGGGUCUGGUCACCUCCGAAGAACUUGCGAAUGAUGUAACCGGAGCCGAAGCGCUGAUUGAACGUCAUCAGAAUCAACGGGCAGAAAUCGAUUACUAUUACGGUAUACCACAGGAACAUCGUACUGAAAUCGAUGCUCGUGCUGGAACGUUUGCUGCAUUUGAACAAUUCGGCACCGAACUGCUUCAAGCCAAUCAUUUUGCUGCGCCGGAAAUUCAAGAUAAAAUUGAAGAACUAGCAAAGGCCCGUGAAGAGCUCGAAAAUGGAUGGACCGAACGACGUUUGCAGCUCGACCAAAACCUCGACCUACAGCUGUACUUGCGCGAUUGCGAACAAGCUGAAAAUUGGAUGUCAGCUCGUGAAGCAUUCUUGAAUGCAGAAGAAGUGGAUUCGAAGGGCGACAAUGUCGAAGCGUUGAUUAAGAAGCACGAAGAUUUCGACAAGGCCAUCAAUGGUCAUGAGGAAAAGAUUGCUGCUCUGCAAGUGCUUGCUGAUCAAUUGAUUGCUCAGAACCAUUAUGCAGCCAGUUUAAUUGAUGAUAAGCGACAACAGGUGCUCGAACGGUGGCGUCACUUGAAAGAGGGUCUGAUCGAAAAACGAUCACGAUUGGGAGAUGAACAAACUUUGCAACAAUUCAGUCGUGAUGCCGACGAAAUCGAGAAUUGGAUUGCUGAAAAAUUGCAAUUGGCAACUGAAGAAUCGUACAAGGAUCCAGCAAAUAUUCAAUCGAAACACCAGAAGCAUCAAGCAUUUGAAGCUGAGUUGGCUGCCAAUGCCGAUCGUAUUCAAAGCGUAUUGUCGAUGGGAGGAAACUUGAUCGACAAGAAACAAUGCAGUGGCUCUGAAGAUGCUGUUCAGAAGCGUUUGUCGCAAAUUGCCGAACAAUGGGAAUAUCUCACCCACAAAACGACCGAAAAGUCGAUGAAAUUGAAGGAAGCCAACAAGCAACGGACAUACAUUGCCGCAGUCAAGGAUCUCGACUUUUGGUUGGGUGAAGUUGAAAGCUUGUUGACAUCCGAAGAUGCUGGCAAAGAUUUAGCAUCUGUACAGAAUUUGAUGAAGAAACAUCAAUUGGUUGAAGCUGAUAUUCAGGCUCAUGCCGAUCGUAUUAAGGAUAUGAAUAAGCAAGCCGAUUCGUUAGUUGAUUCCGGUCAAUUUGACAGUGCAGGCAUUCAGGAGAAGCGUCAGUCGAUCAACGAACGCUAUGAACGUAUCUGUAAUUUGGCAGCUCAUCGUCAAGCUCGAUUGAAUGAAGCCCUUACCUUACAUCAAUUCUUCCGCGAUAUUGCUGAUGAGGAAAGCUGGAUCAAGGAGAAGAAAUUGUUGGUUGGCAGCGAUGACUAUGGUCGUGAUCUAACUGGCGUUCAAAAUUUGAAGAAGAAGCACAAGCGUUUAGAAGCUGAACUUGGUUCACACGAACCAGCCAUUCAGGCGGUGCAGGAAGCCGGUGAGAAGUUGAUGGAUGUAUCCAAUCUGGGAGUUCCAGAAAUCGAACAACGUUUGAAGGCAUUGAACCAAGCAUGGGCUGAAUUGAAAAACUUGGCUGCUACACGUGGACAAAAGUUGGAUGAGUCGUUGACCUAUCAACAAUUUUUGGCUCAAGUCGAAGAAGAGGAGGCCUGGAUUACGGAGAAACAGCAAUUGCUAUCCGUUGAAGAUUACGGUGACUCAAUGGCUGCAGUUCAAGGUUUGUUGAAGAAGCACGAUGCUUUCGAAACCGAUUUCGCUGCUCACCGUGACCGAUGCUCAUUGAUCUCCGAACAAGGAGCAACGUUGGUGGCGAACAAGAAUCAUCAUGGGGACAGUAUUGCCCAACGUUGCAACCAAUUGCAGAAUAAAUUGGAGAAUUUGUCCGCACUGGCUGGUCGCCGUAAAGGUGCUCUUUUGGAUAACUCUGCAUACCUUCAAUUUAUGUGGAAAGCUGACGUUGUCGAAAGCUGGAUUGCUGACAAAGAAAACUACGUCCGUUCAGAGGAAUUCGGCCGGGACUUGUCAACUGUUCAAACUUUGUUGACCAAACAAGAGACGUUUGAUGCUGGUCUCAAUGCUUUUGAACAGGAGGGCAUUCAUAACAUUACCGCAUUGAAAGAUCAACUAAUUAAUGCCGAACACGCUCAGUCUGCAGCGAUCCUGAAACGUCACGAAGAUGUGUUGUCACGUUGGCAAAAGUUACGCGGUGCAUCUGAAGCCCGCAAGAAUCGUCUACUCUCGAUGCAAGAUCAAUUCCGUCAAAUCGAAGAAUUAUAUUUGACCUUCGCCAAGAAAGCUUCGGCCUUCAACUCAUGGUUCGAAAAUGCAGAAGAGGACCUCACUGAUCCCGUCCGUUGUAACUCGAUCGAAGAGAUUCGUGCAUUACGCGAGGCACACGCACAAUUCCAAGCAUCGCUGUCAUCCGCCGAAGCCGAUUUCAAGGCAUUGGCUGCAUUGGACCAGAAAAUCAAAAGCUUCAAUGUCGGACCCAAUCCGUACACCUGGUUUACAAUGGAAGCAUUGGAAGACACAUGGAGAAAUUUGCAAAAGAUCAUCGAAGAACGCGAUGGUGAAUUGACGAAAGAGGCUCACCGACAAGAAGAAAACGAUAAAUUGCGUAAGGAGUUCGCUAAACAUGCUAACUACUUCCAUCAAUGGCUUACGGAAACAAGGUUUUAUAUACUCGGCUGGGAUAAUUAUGGAACAUCGAUGAUGGAAGGAUCCGGUACACUAGAACAACAACUGGACGCCCUCUGCAAAAAAGCUAAAGAAGUGCGAGCCCGUCGCAUCGAUCUGAAGAAAAUCGAAGAACUAGGUGCACUGCUCGAGGAACAUUUGAUCCUAGACAAUCGUUACACGGAACACUCAACGGUCGGCCUGGCACAACAAUGGGACCAACUGGAUCAAUUAUCGAUGCGAAUGCAACACAAUUUGGAACAACAGAUCCAGGCUCGCAAUCACUCUGGCGUAUCCGAAGACUCACUGAAAGAAUUCUCGAUGAUGUUCAAGCACUUUGACAAGGACAAGAGCGGCAAACUCAAUCACCAGGAAUUCAAAUCAUGUCUGCGAGCGUUGGGUUACGACUUGCCAAUGGUCGAAGAAGGUCAACCCGAUCCCGAAUUCGAGGCCAUUUUGGAUGUGGUCGAUCCGAAUCGAGACGGUUAUGUGUCGCUGCAGGAGUACAUUGCAUUUAUGAUAUCGAAAGAAACCGAAAACGUACAGAGCUACGAAGAAAUCGAAAAUGCUUUCCGAGCAAUUACCGCAUCCGAUCGACCCUACGUCACCAAGGAUGAGUUGUAUUGCAACCUCACCAAGGACAUGGCAGAUUAUUGCACCAAUCGCAUGAAACCGUAUGUGGAUCCGAAGACCGGGCAUCCAAUUACUGGCGCUUUAGAUUACAUCGACUUCACACGUACGCUGUUUCAAAAUUAAAGAAACUCUUUAUAAGCAGACCCUUCAAUUGGAGCUAGGCUAGGUAUAUCAGAUAAGAUGCAUUGUGUAAGUUAUAAGCGAAAACCUAUCUGAACAAGCAGCCAUCCUUCUAUUUCCCGUAUUUUAAAACUUAAGAGAAAACGGAAACAAAAAUUUUAUCUAUUCGAUCCCAGUAAACGAGACAUUUGAAUCGUUA